AUGUUCCAACUCGUCUUCCUAAGAGAGCCGGCAGCACGCGCCCAGGCCCAAGCCGAUGCCGAUGAAAAGGCCGCACGCAUGGCCAAAGAUGCUCACGAUGCAAGGAUCAGACGCAUAGCCAACCGGCGCAUCAACAAGGCUUUGCAAAAGAAGAGACUUGAAAAUGCCGUCAAGAAGGUCAUAAAGCUCAAGUACCAGAUCCUGCGUGCUGCCCGUCGUUUUGACAAAGACUACUAUCUGCAAUGGCUCGCGGCUCAUCCUGAAGACGCGGCCUUUAUGCCAGAGCGCGGGAGGUCUUUGAGCAGAUGGGAGACUUAUUUGAGAAGUUCGGAGGCUGAUGCUACGGCUGAGGAGGGCCAGAAGGACAUCGUUGGGGAGUGGAGGGCUUUUUCUUUUAAGCAAUCAGCGUCGGAGAGGACCGAGUCGGGUUUGGUGGUAUCGAUUGGUCCAAAGGGCGAGAAUGGUCUUGAGUUUGUGGUGCCUGAGUAG